AUGCGGGAGGCGACGGUGGAGCCCGACGCCAUCUUCAGCUACAGCGCUGGCAUCAGCGCGUGCGAGAAGGGCGAGCAGUGGGAGCAGGCCCUGGCGCUGCUCAGCGAGAUGCGGGAGGCGAAGGUGGAGCCCGACGUCAUCAGCUACAGCGCUGGGAUCAGCGCGUGCGAGAAGGGCGACCAGUGGCAGAGGGCCGUAGCGUUGCUCAGAGAAUUGUGGGCGGCGAAGUUAGAGCCCGACGUCAUCCUAAUCUACAAUGCUGGGAUCAGCGCGUGCGAGAAAGGCGAACAGUGGCAGUGGGCCUUGCUGCUGUUCGGCGAGAUGCGUGAGGCGAGGGUGGAGCCCAGUGUCACCAGCUAUAGCGCGGGCAUCAGCGCGUGUGGGAAGCUCGAGCAGUGGCAUCGGGCCCUGGCGCUGCUUGGAGAGAUGCGGCAUGCGAAGCUGGAGCCCAACAUCGUCCUACGGCGUUGGCGUCAGCGCGUGCGAGAAAGCGAACUGUGUUGGCGCGUGGGGCUGUCUCCCUCCCAGGCUGAAUGGUUGAGGACGUUGUCCUUGCCUCGUUUGUGGUGCGAACUGUCUCUACAAAUUCUCCGACGAGCUGGGGGGUCCGUAGUGACUCAUGGUCAGCGCUGUUGCAAGAUGAUUCGGCGGGGCGAAAAUUGGCCGUAA